AUGUAUAUGAAACAAUGCACAAUUAUUUUAAAGUUUGCCAUCAUACAACUAUUAGUGCUACGUGAAUACGAGUAUUUACAGCAUUAUUAUUAUAACUUCGAAUUUAACAACAACAACGGAUUAGUGUUUUGCUUGGUAGGAGGAGAAUGUAAGAUAAGUAAAGCCUGGAUCGGAAAUAAAAAUUAUACUUGGCUUCGAUGGGCACAGAAGUUUGGUGCUGCAACCUUCGAGCUGAACAUAGAUUUUAUGGAGACAGCCAGCCACUACCGUAAGUUCGAUAUGUCAACAGCGAGUUACCAGUAUUUCACCAUCGAGCAAGUUCUUGCUGAUCUGCAAACAUUCAUCGAGGAAAUGAACAAAAAAUUUUUCAAGAACGUAAAACACGUUGGGAUUUAUGUGGUUUUUGUAGGAGCACUUUCGGCAUGUUUUAGGUCAAAGUACCCAAAUAUGACUCUCGGAGCUAUCUCUUCGUAG